CCCUGGUUCUGGAUCCAGUCUCAGUCUUUGUCCCUGGUUCUGGACCCGGGCUCAGUCUUUGUCCCUGGUUCUGGACCCGGGCUCACUGUGCACCUGGUUCCGGUGCGUCCUCCUUGGCUGUUCGGUGCUAAAUGCUGUGGUUCCGUCUGGACCGUCCCUCGGUUCUUCAGGUGGUUCUUCUUUGGUGACCCUUUGUCUUUGGACCUGUACCGGGUGAGGACAUGUCGGGUCAGAAACCCUCCCUGCGGACCGGCGGUUCUGCUCAGAGCCGGUUCCAGGUGGACGUAGUCACAGAGGCGUCACCCACACCUCCGGUACCGGCACCGGCCCCGGUCCCCACAGACGGGUCCAAGGCCCCAGAUGAGUCCAAAGGCCGGUUCCGGGUAGUGGGCUUCAUGGACUCCGGUGCCAUGGACAUCGGUCUGCCGCCGGACGUGUUCCACGAACCGGACACGGCCAAGAGCGACUCUGUGAGCCUCCACUCCACCGGUACCGGACAGACCCACAUCUCCGACUCCCACUCCAACACCUACUACAUGAGAACCUUCGGACACAACACCAUCGACGCGGUUCCGAACAUCGAGUUCUACCGACAAACAGCAGCGCCUUUCGGAGAGAAACUGACCAGACCUUCACUGUCCGAACUGCAUGACGAGCUGGACAAAGAGCCCUUUGAGGAGGGUUUGGCCAAUGGGGAGGAGCCGUCAGCGGCUGAGGAGGCGGCGGCUUUGGCGGCGAAGGAGGCGAAAGGAGGAACAGUGAAGUUUGGAUGGGUCAAAGGAGUCCUGAUCCGCUGCAUGCUGAACAUCUGGGGUGUGAUGCUGUUCAUCAGGAUGUCCUGGAUUGUGGGCCAGGCUGGCAUCGGUCUGACCAUUGCGAUCAUCGCCAUGGCAACUGUGGUCACCACCAUCACUGGACUGUCCACCGCUGCCAUAGCAACCAACGGCUUCGUACGAGGAGGUGGGGCCUACUACCUGAUCUCCAGGAGUCUGGGGCCAGAGUUCGGAGGAUCCAUCGGACUCAUCUUCGCCUUCGCCAACGCCGUGGCCGUGGCCAUGUACGUGGUCGGCUUCGCAGAGACCGUCGUCGAGCUGUUGAACGACGUGGAUGCCCUGAUGACCGAUGAACUGAACGACAUCCGGAUCGUGGGGACUCUGACCGUCAUCCUGCUGUUGGGAAUAUCUGUGGCUGGAAUGGAAUGGGAGGCCAAGGCUCAGAUCGUCCUCCUCGUCAUCCUAUUGGCCGCCAUCGGUAACUACUUCAUCGGAUCCUUCAUGGCGACAGAAGACAAAGAGCCCAAAGGGUUUUUCGGAUACCACUCCGCCAUCUUCCUGGAGAACCUGGGUCCAGACUUCAGAGACGACGAGACCUUUUUCUCGGUGUUUGCCAUUUUCUUCCCAGCAGCCACUGGGAUCUUAGCGGGAGCCAACAUUUCUGGAGACCUCACUGAUCCUCAGUCGGCCAUCCCUAAAGGAACCCUGCUGGCCAUCCUCAUCACAGGACUCACCUAUGUGGGCGUGGCCAUCUCUGCAGGUUCCUGCAUCGUCAGAGACGCCACCGGCGACCACAACGACACGGUGAGCGACACGGUCAACUGCACCGACGCCGCCUGCAAGCUGGGAUACGACUUCUCCAUCUGCAAAGAGGGCGGGUGUCAGUACGGCCUCAUGAACGACUUCCAGGCCAUGAGUCUGGUGUCGGCCUUAGGUCCGCUCAUCACCGCCGGCAUUUUUUCGGCCACUCUGUCGUCGGCUCUGGCUUCGUUGGUCAGCGCCCCCAAAGUCUUCCAGGCUCUGUGUAAGGACAACAUCUACCCCGGUCUGGGCGUGUUCGCAAAGGGUUAUGGGAAAAACAACGAGCCUCUGCGCGGUUAUGUCCUGACCUUCUGCAUCGGCCUGGCCUUCAUCCUCAUCGCUGAGCUCAACAUCAUCGCUCCCAUCAUCUCCAACUUCUUCCUGGCGUCAUACGCUCUCAUCAACUUCUCGGUUUUCCACGCCUCAAUGGCCAACUCCCCAGGGUGGCGUCCCAGUUUUAAGUACUACAACAUGUGGGUGUCUCUUGCGGGGGCCGUCCUUUGCUGCGUGGUGAUGUUCGUCAUUAACUGGUGGGCGGCGCUGGUCACUCUGCUCAUCGUCCUGGCGCUCUACAUCUACGUCAGCUACAAGAAACCAGAUGUGAACUGGGGCUCGUCCACUCAGGCUCUGAUCUACAACCAGGCUCUGACUCACUGUCUGAACCUGACCGGAGUGGAGGACCACGUCAAGAACUUCAGGCCACAGUGUCUGGUUCUGGCUGGUUUUCCCAACGCUCGUCCUGCUCUUCUCCAGCUGGUCAACUCUUUCACCAAGAACGUGGGCCUCAUGGUCUGCGGCCAUGUCAGGACCGCGACCCGUCGACCCAACUAUAAGGAGCUGUCGCAGGAUUACGCCCGAUGUCAACGAUGGCUCAACAAAAAACGCAUCAAGGCCUUUUAUACGCCGGUGUUCUCAGACAACCUGAGGCACGGUGCCCAGUUCCUGAUGCAGUCUGUGGGUUUGGGUCGACUGAAACCAAACACUCUGGUGAUGGGCUUCAAGAACAACUGGAGCGACGGAGACAUGAGACACGUGGAGGUCUACAUCAACACCAUACAUGACGCCUUUGACCUGCAGUUCGGCGUGGUGAUCCUCCGUCUGCAGGAUGGACUGGACAUCUCUCACAUCCAGGGUCAAGAUGAGCUGCUCUCGUCCAAUGAGAAGCCAGCGGGCGGCGGAGGUGGGAAGGAGGUGGUGGUCACCGUCAGUCUGCCCAAAGACCCGGACUCGGACUCGUGUCCUUCCAAAACCACCAGCAACCAGAGCAGUCCGCUCAUUAUGAGGGAGACUAAAUGUCCUCUGAGUUUGACGGACCAGCGGCUGUUGGAGAUGAGCCAGCAGUUCAAGAAGAAACAGGGCAAAGGAACCAUCGACGUCUGGUGGCUGUUUGACGACGGAGGUCUGACUCUGCUCAUUCCGUACCUCCUGACCAACCGCAGUAAAUGGGGCGACUGCAGGAUCCGCGUCUUCAUCGGUGGGAAAAUCAACCGCAUCGACCACGACCGCCGAGCGAUGGCCACACUGCUCAGCAGGUUCAGGAUCGACUUCUCUGACAUCAACGUCCUGGGAGACAUCAACACCAAACCCAAGAAACACAAUAAACUCAGUUUUAAGGAGCUCAUGGAGCCGUACAGGCUGCGGGAGGACGACAUGGAGCAGGAGGAGGCCGAGCGGCUGAAGGCCCAAGAGCCCUGGAGGAUCACCGACAACGAGCUGGAGCUGUACAAGGCCAAGACCAACCGACAGAUCAGACUCAACGAGCUGAUGAAGGAGCAUUCCACCAGCGCCAAACUGAUAGUCAUAAGCAUGCCUCUGGCCAGGAAGGGGACGGUGUCCAGCGCCCUCUACAUGUGCUGGCUGGAGACGCUGUCCAAAGACCUCCCUCCUUUGCUGCUGGUCCGAGGAAACCACCAGAGCGUCCUGACCUUCUACUCCUAAAGACAAAUGCGUCCAACGUCCACCUGUGUCCAGCCCGUCCGUCCACCCACCUGUACCUGCACAUACUUGUGUCUGAUCCAUCUGAGCGUCGGGUUUCUCAGCCGACUGAACACGUUCACGUCGGUGCAACGUUCAAAGACAAACGAGCAGAUUUAGAUUUAGACACGAUCCAGAAGAAGACGUCCUCAGACCCUUUACUUCAAAUAGUCCAAAUCCCACUGUGGACAAAUACUGCAGUAUGAGUUCAGACCCAAACGCUCCAGAAUCCAACACGGUCCUGGUUCCACCCACUUCCUGUCAGUGUUUUGUUGUCGUAUCUGACAUUUUUGUUGAAUUUUACUGCUGUAUAUGUUUACAUUUGAGCUCAGUUCAGUAACUUUACAAACUGCUUUUAGUUUAAUCCACAGCCAUGCAUCACAUUCUAUAAAGUCGUUACAUAUACAGUAUGUUUGAGGCAUUUGAGGUUUUUCAGGCGUAGAAAAAUUGGUAUAUUGCGCAAAAUUUCAAUGGACAGACCAUGUUUAUGGCCAACGUGAUAUCAUGAAUAAAAGUGGCGUGUUAUCUGUACGCAUUUUAAGAUUUCUGCGUGUAUGUUUACACCAUGUAAAAUACCACGU